CUGAGAUGAUUGUCAAAUACGUUACAGCAAGAAGUUCGUUAAUAAUCGUUCAUCUCUAGGAUUUCAGAUAUACAGCUGUUCUGCACAAAACAAAACAACUUUUUUUUAUAUAAUUUUAAACAAACUGAAAUGCCUCGCAAUCUAAAUGCAGAGCGGGAUAAUCCCUGCCUCAAGGAGCAAGAGCUGUCAUUCAAAUGUUUAAAUAAAAACAAUUUUGACCGGGACAAGUGCGAAGUUUAUUUUGCCAAUUAUAAUAAUUGCAAAGAGUUUUGGAAUAAAAUUCGAGCUGAUCGCCGGGCCAAGGGCAUCGCACCAUAUUUGCCGCCCAUUGAGGAGCGUGAAGCGAUCAAGGCGGAUUACAUGAAGGCGAAACCUCCACAGACCUCAUAACAAAAAUGUAAAAAAUAAAUAUUUAUGUGAUUAUA